AUGGCCCUGUCCAAAGAGCAAGAAGCCCGAGCCGAAAGCUCCACGUAUGCCGAGGCAGACGCCCCACCGCCUCUCUACACCGGCCCGCCCACUGCAAACCAGCGUUCCCUGGUCGAAAACGUCACCGCAGACAUGGCGAGUCUCAGCACCGGUGAUCCUCAAGAGACCAUCUCCGUACCAAUGGUCCACAGCGCCGAAAACAUCAACUGGAAGAAACUGUGGUCGAAAGAUCGCAAAGUCGUAACGCAUUCCGUCAUCGUGCGCAAGAUGCCACGAGAGUGGUAUCUGAAGCAUUAUGCGAAAGAUGCGGAGGGGAAGUACGUUGGGACAGAGAAGCCCGCCGUUGAUGCAGGUCUUGUUUUCGUACCAUCAAAAAGCACCCCAGAAGACCUGCUGCAGCAGGUGGAAAAGGUUGCGUUCGGAAAGGAACAUUACGCCGGCGACUUCUCUGCUGGAACCGGACUCAUGUUUGGGCUGGGUGAUGGUCUUGCGUUAUCGAGUGGUCCGAGGAAGUAG